CCCCCCCCGCGGGCGGCCUCGUCCUCCCGCCAUGGCUCUCUGCCGGCGCCUGGCCCGGCUGGCCGCCCACCUGCAGGACCCGCGGAAAGUGGCCGCCUUCCAGCGGCUGUGCGGGGUGGAGGGGCCUUCGGGCUGGGCCGACGCGGAGCAGCGAGCCGGAGGCCGGGGGCCGGUGGUUAACGGCGGCCCCCCGGCCGCGGAGCGGGCAGGAGGGCAGGGGCAUCCCGCCGGGAACGGGACCGUGCCCGGCGGGGCGGGCUCCCCGCAACGGUGGAGGAGGAGGCCGCGCCGCAACUCCCUCACGGAGGAGGACGGCAGCCAGGAGUUCUCCACCCGCAGCCGCUUCCUCUACUAUCUCUUCAGCCUGGGCACGGAGCUGGGCAACGAGCUCUUCUACAUCCUCUUCUUCCCCUUCUGCAUCUGGAACUUGGACGCCUGGCUGGGGCGGAGGCUUAUCAUCAUCUGGGUGUGGGUGAUGUACCUGGGGCAGUGCACCAAGGAUGUCAUCCGCUGGCCGCGGCCUGCCUCCCCGCCCGUGGUGAAGCUGGAAGUCUUCUACAACUCCGAGUACAGCAUGCCCUCCACCCACGCCAUGUCGGGCACCGCCAUCCCCCUGGCGCUGCUGGUGCUCAGCUACGGCCGCUGGCAGUAUCCCCUUAUGUUUGGACUGAUCCUUGCAUUCUGCUGGUGUUCUUUGGUUUGCUGUAGUCGAAUUUAUAUGGGAAUGCAUUCAAUUUUGGAUGUUAUUGCUGGAUUUCUGUAUGCUAUUCUCAUCUUGGUUGUCUUCCAUCCAGUUGUGGACCUGAUUGAUAACUUCAACUUAACUUACAAAUAUGCACCCUUAAUUAUCAUCAGUCUCCAUUUAGCCCUGGGCAUCUUCUCUUUUACUCUAGACACCUGGAGCACAUCGCGAGGAGACACAGCUCAGAUACUGGGCUGUGGUGCUGGAGCAGCCUGUGGCUCUCACGUUAACUACAUAAUGGGUCUAAAGCUAGAUCCUCCUCCCGAUACGUUACCUUUAUCUCUUUCCUCUCUCACUGUGAUUGUGUUUGGAAAAGCCAUAUUGCGGUUGUUGAUUGGAGUAAUAGUUCUGUUGUUAACAAAAGUAGCAAUGAAAAAAGCCACUAUUCCACUAGCAUGUAAAAUAUUUUGCAUACCACAUGAUGAUGUACGGAAAGCAAGACAACGCAUGGAAGUUGAGCUUCCCUAUCGCUACAUUACGUAUGGGACGGUUGGGUUCUCCCUCAUGUUUAUUGUUCCUUGCCUCUUCCAUUUUAUUGGUCUUUCUUGAUGCAGUUUUAUCACUUUAAAUAGGGAGAACAGAGCGAGUUGUUUUUUGAAGAGGUGCACUAGUUUGCUAAGGAAAGGCCAGUGAGCUUGGCUUUAGUAGGGUCUUCACUUUAACAGCAAUACAUAGCAGGCAAAGCAUUUAAAGAACUUUGCACAUCUUUGGGUAUGGUAUGGGGCCAGAAGUCAAAUAUCAGUCCACGAGAAGUGCUGAACUCUAUAAAUGCUCUGUCUAGACUUAUUGCUGUAACAAAGUCUGGGUGUGUGUGAUGCAAUGAAUGUAUCUGGAAUGUCUGUCAUACUGUACCUGUAUACAUUGACAUUUUAACAGGUAUGUCUUACAGCUCAUCAGAAACCUCCAUUCAUGAUCUGUUUGCUGUUUCAUAGUAAUGCAUUCAAGUUGUUGGACCAUAGACUGCUAAAUUUGCUUUCCUCUAUUCUUUCGUGAAGUCCUGCUUCAAGAUGUUUCAGCUAAUAGGCAUUUCUAACAGACCAAACUUGUAAUGGGGUUGAAUUUUUCUAAAAAAACAAACAGAAGCCUUUUUCUUUAGCCUCCUCUACAGAGUAAAAUGUCUGGAUUGGCAUUGGUAGACAUCACUAGCGUAUGUAUGAUUCACGUACUGUAUUUUAUGGUUUAACUGUGCCUUUCUGUUGCUAAAUUAAGAAAUGCCAUAUAUACUGUGAUGUAAAAAUGCCUAAUUUAAUUUAAAAUCCUACAUAAUGAGGCAGAUAUUUUUAAAUGUUAGAUUGUCCAUGUUGCUGGCAUGGUUCAAGUUAACCGGAAUAUUCAGUUUAGCCUGAUCAAAAUUGCAUAAAUGAAAUGACCCAAGAAUGGUGUCCUUAAGCUGAAGAUGUUAUAAAUGGACAAUAAUCCCUUUUGUAAGUAUUUUUAAUGUGUAUUGUAAGUUACUGGAAGAGGAUAUAUUUUUCUGGAGAUCGUUUAUACAGUGGACAGAUAUUAAAAAUUAAUUAUCUAAACAUAUAAACAAUAAAAGCACCCCAUUCUGCAAAGAAAUGGGCCUCACUUAUUAUUCCAAACUAAUUUAGAACCAUUGUUUUUAGAUAUUUGCUUAGAAUAUAUAAUCCUUAUUCUAGAAAAAAUAUAUGUAUUUUUAUGCAUUAACAUACUAUAUUUAAAGGUGAUAAUCACUUUUACCCAAUUUAGAUAGCUAUAAGACAAUAUAAUGAUCAAAUUACAUUUUUAAUCAUUCUGAUAGGCAGAUUGUGAGCAGUCAAGACAGUAUGGUCAAUGCAUAAACGGUUUGUGCAUAUCUAAAUUUUACUCAAUUAUUAUGCACUUUUCAGCUUUUCAUGAUCCUUUUUCCAGUGAUGAGUAGAAUAUGACCCUUCAACUGUAAUUUCACAUGCUUCUUUUGUGUUUCAUUCUGUCUAUGUUAAUGUGUUGCCUAAUUUGUUCUUUCCAUGUCAGGAACGAUCAUGUUGCAGCAAGAGCUGUCUUAUUGUCUGGCCAGACAUGAAUUACUUAAUUUUUGUAUUGUACGUUUUUUCAGGAAAAACAUCAUGUGGUUGGGAAGUGUAGUGAUUAGAUAGAAUACAAAGCUUACAUUUUUUUGUAAACAAUAUUUGGAA